CCCUUGGACGCUUUCUCAGGAACUGAGAGCACGCCAUAGGACAAAAUAUUGACAUAAUUAUGUGUAUUUCUAGCUACAUGAAAUAUUAGGAUUUUCUAUUACCUUUCAAUAUUGAAAGUUAGCAUUUACCCCAACAUCAUAGAACCACGCGAGACUGUGCAUAGGUUACUGGUUUAUCAUCACCAUUUGUCUCGGCUGAUCCAAGCACUAACGUUAGCCACAACUGCCUGGAUAAAAUAAGGCACUAGACACCCGACACAUCCAUCACUUUCUCUGCGGGCUCUAAACGCACUGUGGCUGGGCUGAAUUCUAAGGAGGAGUCCCACUCCCCGGUCCCCCCCCUCUACCUCUACCUCCCCCCUCUGCUGUCCCCUCUUCUCUACCUUCAUGACCAGACUGAGGGAAGAGGAGAGGCUGGUGCUCAGAUGAUCCCGCUGCCGUAACCAAAUUUGUCCAGACAGGGAAGACAUAAGUAGUGUCUCUGGAGGGCCCUGCCCGGUGUCCCCUCGGCCGCUAGCCUGGCAGAGUGCUCCGUUCCCCCCUUUGAUCCCCCGGCCCGUGAGAUGCCCUCUCCCCCUGACGAUGGAGAGGAUCAAGGACCAUCCCUCAUGAACGGGCCAUCUGCGGGCUCCCACCAGAUCAGUGGGAGAAGGAAGGUCCGCACCAAGAAGAAGAAGGGGACCAUUACGGCCAACGUGGCUGGCACCAAAUAUGAAAUCGUUCGGAUAGCGAUCAAUGAAAUGGCCUUCCUGAAAACCCGAGAUGAGGACGAGACAGCCAACCUCAUCUGGAGCGACUCGGCUGUGCAGCACGAGAAAAUCGCUGAUCUCAGGAACUACCAGAGAAUUAACCAUUUCCCUGGGAUGGGGGAGAUUUGCCGGAAAGACUGUUUGGCAAGGAAUAUGUCCAAAAUGAUCAAGAGCCAGCCUCAGGAGUACAGCUUUAUUCCCAAAACGUGGAUCUUCCCCGCCGAGUACACCCAGUUUCAGAACUACGUGAAGGAGCUGCGGCGGAAACGCAAGCAGAAGACGUUUAUCGUCAAGCCUGCCAACGGAGCCAUGGGUCACGGGAUCUCCUUGAUACGAAACUGUGAGAAGCUACCGGCUCAAGCUCAAGACCACUUCAUAGUGCAGGAGUACCUAGACAAACCGUUCUUAAUGGAGGGCUACAAGUUUGACCUCAGGAUCUACAUCCUUGUAACGUCCUGUGACCCUCUACGCAUUUUCCUCUACAAUGACGGCCUCGUCAGGAUGGGCACCGAGAAAUACCACACGCCCAACGAGGCCAACCUGAGCCAGCUGUACAUGCAUCUAACAAACUACUCCGUCAACAAACACAACGAGAACUUUGAGAGGGACGAGACGGCAGACAAAGGCAGCAAGAGGUCCAUUGGUUGGUUCACUGAGUUCCUGCGCAUGAAUGAUUACGACGUGGCCAAGUUCUGGGGCGAUGUUUCCGAGCUGGUGGUGAAGACUCUGAUAGUGGCUGAGCCCCACGUCCUCCAUGCCUAUCGCAUGUGUCGCCCGGGACAGCCACCAGGGAGCGACAGUGUCUGCUUUGAGGUGCUGGGCUUUGACAUCAUCCUGGACCGCAAGCUCAAACCCUGGCUUCUGGAGAUCAAUCGAGCGCCGAGCUUCGGGACCGAUCAGAAGAUUGAUUACGACGUGAAGAAAGGGGUCUUGCUCAACGCACUGAAACUUCUCAACAUCAGAGCGAGCGACAAGAAGCGUAACCUGGCCCAGCAGAAGGCGGAGGCCCAGAGACGGCUCUAUGGCCAGGGCUCCAUGAAGAAGCUCUCGGCCGCCUCCUCCGAGGCAGAAAAACAGCGCCACACGCUGGAGCGGAGGAAAGAAGAACUGAAAGAGCAAUUGACUCAGGUCCGCAAGCAGAUCUCCCGGGAGGAGCAUGAAAAGAGACAUCUGGGGAACUACAGACGUAUUUACCCCCCAGAUGACAAGCUCCUCCUGGAGAAGUAUGAAAGCCUUCUCUCAGCUGCCUUUCAGACCUUCCUCGCCGGCCGAGCGGCCUCACUUCAAAAGGAAAUGAAUAAUCCUCUGAAACGAAUGAAGGAGGAGGACAUAUUGGACCUGCUGGAGCAGUGUGAGCUGGACGACGAGAAGCUGCUGGGAAAAUCGUCACGGCAGAGAGGACCCAAGCCCCUGUCCUCCAUGCCUGAGAGCGCCCAGACGCCGUGCGGCAGGAGACAAAGAGAGUACGGAGGCGACGGAGGAGACGCCAGUGGCAGCAGCGUCAACAACAGCAGCUCUGAGGAGGGCCCUGAAGAGGAGGAUGACAGGGAGGAUGAGAGGGAAGGAGGGAAGACAAGGGAGAAAAAGAGUGUCUCUUACGACCUGGGAGAGAACAAGUAUAAGUCGUCGUCGGAGCGCUCAGGACGGGUUCACUGGAAACCUCUGAUGAAGCCGGUCAAGGCCGGCCUCUCUGCCUCCUCCUCCCCGACCCUCUCUGGGCCAAUCAGACGCUCCAUCUCCUGCCCGCGUUCUAUAUCCUCCCUGGCCGCCCAGUCACCCACCAAUGAGACACGAGGCUCGCUGGCCAGGGCCUCCGUUCCUGUGGCGACGGCCCUCGUUAGGCCAAGCUCCGCUUCUCUGCGCUCUCAUUCGCUCAGCCGCAGCGGCUCCACCCACAGGGUGCCGCACAGUAGUAGUCUAGGUACCAUCCACGCUAACAUGGGUGAUCCCGUGCUGAUCCUGAGGAGUAAAGACCAGGAGACAGAGCUGACAAGACAGAGCCUGGCCGCUCUCAGCGCCAUGAGGAUCCGCUUCCCGGGGAAGACUGAGGAGGAGGCAGAGGCCGUUCUGGAUGAGAUACUAGACAACUGGAAGUACCACAAACCCAAAGUGGCCUCUUACUGGCUGGUAAAGUUGGAUUCCACCAAACAAAGGAAGGUUCUGGACAUCGUCCGUACCAACGUACGCUCGGUGCUGCAGCGGCUUUGGAGGGAGCCCGACGUGGACAGUUUACAUUUGUAUCGCCUUUUCAACCGCGUCUUUAACCGACUGCUCUGGAGCCACGGACAGGGCCUGUGGAACUUGUUCUCCAACACUGGCUCGUCGUGGGAGACCAUCUUCAGUAAGAGCAGCGAGGUGGUGUCGCAGCAGGAGCUCCAGUGUUGCCAGAGGCUUGUGCAGCUGUGCAGGGACUGCCUCCUCGUUGUCUACAAAUUUGUCUCAGAGUCCCGGGGCUCGCUCACCGGCCUCAGCCCCGAAUGGGACGACACUAGGUAUCUGCUGCCAGUGACCUCCCAGUUCAUCAUGAAGUGGCCUUCAUCCAGCUUCGGCCAUGUCUCCUCGGCCAUGCCGCGCUCACGCAGUCUGUUCACCACCCGGAUGGGUCAGUUCUGACUGACCGCCCAGGCCCACCCUCAUGAGCUGUAACCCCCAGCCAAUCCCUCCUCCCCUCCACUAACCAGUUGAGAGGGCUGAACUGGUGGACCUUGGACCCCACAGCGGCCCCACAAAGGCCAGAGCAUAUGGGUGAGAUUAGUGACACCCUUGCUCAGCCCAGAACACUCCAAUGUUCCAACAGGACUCUUGAUCUGAGCUCCACUUAGUGUCAGACAAUGGGUCAUUCUCAUGUGCCCCGACCCAGUCUUUCUCUGUCUCUCUCGAUCUCGCUUUAUCUCUCUUUCUUUCUCUCUCUCUCUCAUUGUACCUUACAUUGCUGUAGUAUAUCCGCUCACUGUACAGAAAAGGAAACAGAACAAGGUUUCUUACAUUUAUUUUGUCAAAUGUUCCAUGAAUGCAGUGAAUGCUGACGCAGUGUGCAGAUGGAAUGAGAUUAACAGGUUAUCCCUUUGUUGAGAAAAAAAUAAGCUUUUUUUUUGCUGGCUAUGAAAAUUGCUAAAUGUAUUUUGGUGCUGUUUGUAUUUUAUUUAUUUUUUAACUUAUUUCAAUGUGAUGCUUUAGUUUACAUUGUUUUAACAGUCACUUCAUGUUCCUGUCAAUACAACCCAAAGUACAGUAGAGCGAGGAAAGCCUAAUUUAUUUAAAACAAUUGGGUCAAUUGCAACCCACAGGUAGAACGUGUAGCUGCAGGUUAGCGCUUGAUUUCUUAAAACGCUACUAACGGGAUAUUACAUGCACUUGCGUGUUAAAACAAACUAGCUUGCAACCAAAAACCCACCAGGAUAAA